UACAUGUACAAAAAUAUCUUAUUGCCAAAGGAAAGGUUUCCUCUAAAAAGCGUAUCAAAACACGUCUAACCUAAGAUCCCAAAUCAAAAUCAGCCUUGAAUCCCCCAUUGUUGUAAUCAAGUGGAGCUUGACGAUGAUGCAGAACGAAGAUUGAAUUAAAUUUGCGUUCAGAUGAUCAACUGGAGUCGAAUUUACGGCAGUAUUUAUAGAAAAUGAUCAACGAGAAUCGUAACAAAAAACCACUCCAUUCUCGAUAUGUCAAGGCUCUUGGGGUUCAGAAACAUUAAAAGAAUUGUGCAAUCAAUUCGAACAAACAACUCAAGAAUCCAAUCAACAGAUGGGAACCACAAAUCAGUCGAUAAAGUCGCUCUAUUUUCCUCACAACCCACUUUCCCUUCUAAACAACGUACUUUCUUUUCCCGAAAUACCCCUGGUUCAUUUCACAAUGAGAAACCACUUUCUCCCAUACUCAAAAUCUCCCGAGCAUUUACUUUAUCACUAACCCACUCUUAUAUAGUCAUUCCUGGUAUAAUACUAUACAAAAACACAACAUUAGCAAAAACCAGAACAAAUCUUGAAUCUUUUCAACCAAGAAACAACACUCUUUACAUAGAAGAUGGACACGCCCUUUUAGUUUCAUCAAUCUUAUCAAUUUUUGAAUGUUUCAUAUUAUUAAUCCGCGCAUUAUAUUUAGCAAUUUUAUUCUCCCCCACCAUAACCACAGCUCCAUUCGCUGAAUACUUUGGUGAUUCCUCAAGAAAAAAAUGGCUAAAACUCGUUCGUAGGACAUUAGAAAUAGCAGGUCCCGCUUUUAUAAAAUGGGGUCAAUGGGCUGCAACAAGGCCCGAUCUUUUUCCUAGAGACAUAUGCACAGAACUUUCAAAACUUCACACACAGGCCCCUGAACAUUCCUAUGCGUACACUAAAAAGACAAUUGAAAAAGCUUUUGGGCGUAAAAUUCACGAGAUAUUUGACGAUUUUGAAGAGAUUCCGGUAGCUUCCGGAAGCAUUGCUCAAAUUCAUCGGGCGAAAUUAAAAUUAAAAUCACACGGUAAAAAAACGGUGAAGCCGUUAGUGGUGGCUGUAAAAGUUAGGCAUCCGGGGGUGGGUGAAUCGAUUAGGAGAGAUUUUGAGAUAAUUAAUGUUGUUGCAAGAAUUUCUGGGUUUUUGCCAACUUUGAAAUGGUUAAGAUUGAAAGAUGUUUCGUUUCCAAAGCCUGUUUAUCCACUUGUACAUCCUGCUGUUUUGGUUGAAACUUUUGAACAAGGUGAAAGUGUUGCGUUUUAUGUUGAUGAGCUUCAAGGACAUGAGAGGCUUAAAAGUUCUCUUGCUCAUAUCGGGACUCAUGCACUUCUCAAAAUGCUUCUGGUGGAUAAUUUCAUACAUGCGGACAUGCAUCCUGGGAAUAUUCUAGUACGAAACAAAUCAUCGAGGAAAGGGAUAUUUAAAUCGAAGCCACAUGUUGUGUUUCUUGAUGUUGGAAUGACUGCGGAACUUUCCGGAAGCGAUAGAGUGAAUUUGUUGGAGUUUUUUAAAGCGGUUGCAAGGCGAGAUGGUGACACUGCAGCAAAAAGCAUGUUGAGGUUAUCAAAGCAGCAGAAUUGCCCUAAUCCACAAGCAUUUAUAAAGGAAGUCAAGGAGUCGUUUGACUUUUGGGGUACCGAAGAAGGCGACAUUGUACACCCGGCUGAUUGCAUGCAUCAGUUGUUGGAGCAAGUAAGGCGUCAUCGAGUCAAUGUUGAUGGAAAUGUAUGCACUGUGAUGGUUACAACUUUGGUUCUUGAGGGUUGGCAAAGGAAGCUAGAUCCGGAUUAUGAUGUUAUGCAUACGCUACAAACUUUGUUGCUAAAAGAAGAUUGGGCAAAAUCACUAACCUACACAAUAGAAGGAUUAAUGGCCCCAUAAAGUUGAUUUAAAGAAAAAGUUUUGGAAACAUAAAGUGGUCAUAGUUGUUCAAACGAUAUCUUUGAUUGGUUUAAUCUUUUUUCCAAUUGUUGAAAUUUUGUAGAUGAAUUUUUGAGUUUAUGAAAGCAAAAUACUAGCAAUGAA